CUUUCUUUCUUGCUCCCCUUCCAUGAUUUCAACAUGAGCAUAAACAAGGAGUCACCAAUAUACUAAUAACAACCAUCAUUCCCAAACAGCCACACACACACCCAGCUCACAGCCUCCUCCACCAGCACACACAGCUCCAGCAGCAGGGGCCGUCACAGCCAUGGGCAAGGACUGCGGCAACCACGGCGACGACGAGUUCAAGCAGUCGCUCCGGCGCCUGCUGGGCGUCCUCCUGUUCCUCGCCCUCCUCGUCGGCCUCAUCGCGCUCAUCGUCUACCUCGUCCUCCGCCCCACGCACCCGCGCUUCGUCCUCCAGGACGCCGCGCUCCGCCAGCUCGACCUCUCCAACGGCUCCGCGCCGCUGCUCUCCACGGCGGCGCAGUUCACCGUCGCCUCCCACAACCCCAACGGCCGCGUCGGCGUGCACUACGACCGCCUCGACGUCUACGCCUCCUACAAGUACCAGCAGGUCACGCUCGCGUCCAGGCUCCCGCCGGUGUACCAGGGCCACGGCGACGUCGACGUCUGGUCGCCCGUCCUGGCCGGCCCGAACGUCCCCUUCGCGCCGUUCCUCGCCGACGCCAUGAGGAAGGACAUCGCCAACGGGUACCUCAUCAUGGAGGUCAGGAUCGACGGCCGCGUCCGCUGGAAGGUCGGCAGCUGGACCUCCGGCCACUACCACAUCUUCGUCACCUGCCCGGCCUACUUCAUCGGCAGCGGCAGCUCCAGCGUCGUCGGGGCUCACGGGCUCAGGUUCCAGACGGCCACCUACUGCCGCGUCGAGGUCUAGCGGCUUCCCCUGCUCUGCUCUCUUCUGCUCCUCUGCUUCCUCUGCUCCGGCGAGGUAGGCCAGCUUGUUACUCCUACUUGUGCGUGUUCAUACUGGAAACAAGGGAGAGAGAUGCUGGGUGGUAAAUUGGAAUAAAGGGUGGUAUAUAUAGAGAGGUAAAAAAGUUGAGGUAAUUUAGAGAGUGGGUUAACUAGUCUCGGUUCAUUUGUGCUAUGGUUUUUGCCAUGGUUUUUUGGGUUGGGUUGCAUCUUUGUUCAGUUCCUCGUUCAAUCAAUUGUUCAUAAACCAAAGAGUCAAUGUAAAAAAAAAUCCUUCUUCCAUUUUGCAAUUUGGGCGUUGCCUUGUUCUUUUGCUUUUAGAUAUAAUGCUGUGUCCUUGUUGAAUGGAGUAAUAAUUUAGCGUAUCUUCCGUGUGGGGAUUAGAAAGCUUUUUAGGUAGGUUGCAAGUCGAUUGCAAAUCGCACACAUGAGUUGAGCUCCAAGCCUCCAAUGGAGUGUUUGGAAUUAUGUACGUUGGUGGCAACAACCCAAGCAAACUCCGGCGUCCAUCCAAGUCCGGCCUGGGUUUGGUGAGAGGAAGCAAGUACGGAUUGGGACCUGGGAUCACGGCUUGUACAGGUAGCUCAUUAGUCCCUCUCUUAGCUUGGAGAUCCAAGGAAACUUCACAAAAGUUAGAGAAUAAAAGUUUGUGUGUGUGUGGGUGUAUGUGCGCUGUCUUCUCCAUGUGACCUGACCAUGUGCUCAUGUGGAAAACAAACUCUACGUGGAAUUAUUAUGUAUCCGUAUCA